AUGUCAUUUUGGCCAUUUAAUAAUUCAUUAAAUAAUAAUAAUGUUUUACUGAAAUUCUUGGAUUCAAGACAAGAUUUAUCAUCAAUUACAGUACAGGAUAUUGUAAAAGAUCCAACUUUAGUUCAAGAAUUAAUAAAUGAAUUGCAUAAUAUAAAGGGAAAUUUCAAUAAAAAUGGAAGUUUUCUGUUUCCACAAUCAAACCAAACCGAAACUACACCAAAUUCAAAUUCAGAUUCAAUUUCUUUGAAUUCUUCAAAUAAUGAUAACAAUAACAACACCAACCCCAAUAAAGAUACAAGAGGUGUAAAACUAAUAGAACUUCUAAUACAGCCACAUAUACUAGGGGGAUUCAUUGAAAUAUUGGAGGAAAGUGUAGAUUUCUUUUAUGAACAAGGUUUGAAAGAAGAAGAAGCUUUACAUAAGACAAUACUAGAAGAUAAACCUAAAACAGAUAUAGAAGAAAAUGAUGAAAUGGAAGAUACAAAAGAAGAAGUAGAAAGUUCAGAUGAUGCAUUUAGAAGAUCAGUUCAAGCAGCGGCAGAUAUAUUAUCGAUUGAUAUGUGGAUAAUGCUGAAUAGAAUAAUAGAAACUCCAAAUAUAAUGAAUAGACUAUGGCUGAUUUUGAAAAUGUCUCAUUUACAAGAAAAUUAUCCAAGUGUUUCAUACCUUGUACAUAUUCUAGAUCAAUUAUUAGAAUCAAAUAGCAUUGAACUAUUAAAUUAUAUAAGACGGCAAUUGGAUUUAGUUGAUACAUUUUUAGCCAAAAUUGAAGUGCCAGCAAUAAUGGAUUUUUUUUUCAGGGUGAUACAAACUGAUAAACCAGAUUCACCUACUGGAAUACUAGAUACAAUUGGUCUGCAAAAUGUUAUUCAAAAAUUGAUAAACAUUUUAAAGCCACAACCAAUGCAAUUUGAUAAUACUCCAUAUAUACCAGAUCAUCAACAGUACUUCAAACAAAGCUCAGCUACAGAUUUUUUAAAAGCACUAGUUACAAUUUCAUCAAAUGCUGCAUUAGCUGUAGUUAUGGAAACAAAUAUAGGUCCAAACCAAUUAACAAGAGAAUUAGUUUCCCCACAAGUUGUAAAUACAAUGAUUCAUGAUAUAAUGUUGGUGAAAAUGAAAGACCAAAAUGGAAAUAUUCAAACUAACAAACAUGGGAUAAAUAAUUGUGUUUCUGUUAUUAUAGAAUUAAUAAGGAAAAACAACUCAGAUUAUGAUUUAAAUUGUGGAAGUUAUAGUUCAAUGUUACAAAAUGGUGAUGGAAGUCCUGGAGAAGUUAAUUCAUACGUGAUGUUUCAAUGGUUAAAAGAUUUUGAACAAAAUCCUCCAGGUCCAAGAGACCCCAUAUAUUUAGGUGAAAUGUUGGAAAUUUUUUCAAAUAAUUUAUCAAGUUUUCUGGAAUUACUUGAAUUGGAACCUAUUCCACCAUUAGAAGUUACAUCAAACAUCUUGGGUUUUACGAGAUUUAAAAUAAGUGAAUUAGUUGCAGAAUUAUUACAUUGUUCAAACAUGAUUUUAUUAAACUCUAAAAAGAUUAAAAAAAUGAUACAUAUAAGAGAUCAAAUUAGAUCGCAACAGAACAAAAGAUUGACAAAAGCUUUAAAUGAUAAAAUAAGUUUUCCAGAGUCACCUAACAUUCAUGAUGUUACUUGUGGGUUAGAUGACGUUUCGUUGGAUGAUGUACAUUUUGAUUCACAUGAUGAUGACAAACAUGAUUACUCGAAUUUAGUUAAAACGUUGGACUCAAUAGAAGAUUCAGAAGAUGAAGAGCCUUCAAUAUCUCCAGAAAAUCCAUUUGUUUGUAAAGAAAGAGAUGAAGCAAUAAGGCUGGAUCCUUGUGUUGGAGAUCUUUUUAAAAUAAAAUUAAUUGAUCUGCAUAUUUUAUUAAACAUUGUAAAUAAAUUUACAAAAUAUGAAUGGAAUAAUUUUUUUCAUAAUGUUGUUUUUGAUUUGAUACAACAAAUAUUUAAUGGUAAAUUAAAUUCAUAUAAUUCUUUCUUGAUUGUGGAAUUGUUUAAACCUAAUCAAUGUGAUUUGACUGACUUAAUUAUAAAAUCUUAUGAGGUAGAUAUUGUACCGAGACCUGGAUAUAUGGGACAUUUAAUAUUAGUGGGGGAAGAAAUUGUAAAAUUUACCUCGUUAUAUAAACCAGAUUUAAUUUCACCAAUCAUAGUUGAAGCAGUGCUGAGUGAUAAAUGGAGUUGGUUUGUUAAUGAUAUAUUAUCCAAAACAAGAGAGAUAUAUAAUGUAGUUUUAGGUGCUGAUGAAGGAGAAGAUAACACAGAUUAUGGAUUUGAUACUUCAUCAGUUGGCUAUUUAGAUAUGGAUAAUCAACCUAAAAAAAUAAUACUUGGAGAUACAUCAAAUCAUGAUGAAUUUAUACAUGACCAUAGCAACGGAGAAGAUGAAGAUGAAGAUAUGGAUGGACCAAAAGUUGCAGAUGUUGAAGUUGGUAAAAUGUCACCAACUGGAGAUUUAACUAAACAUAAUAUGUUAGAUGAUGAGGAUGAUGAUGAUGAUGAUGAUAAAUUGCCCAAUGAAAUUCAAUAUGUGGAUAAUUUAUCUGGUAGUUCAUCUGAUGAAGAUGAAGAUGAUGAAGGUAACGAAUUACGAAGAGUUUCAAAGCAUAAUGAAUAG